AGUAUAUGUUUUAUAUCUCUUAAAGGGGCAAACUUUGGAACCCAAGCAAGAUUCAUUUCAAGGUCAGGAAUCCGCAGUGAUGAUUGACCAAAAGCCUUCGUUAUAUGGUCAGCCCUACCAAGGGCAGGGCACAGCCUUGCCAGGAGGCUUUAAUAACAUCCAGGGACAGCAGCCAUCCUUUAAUUCUGUGAUGAAUCAGAUGAGCCAACAAAACAAUUUUCCACUUCAAAGUAUGCAUCCUAGAGCAAAUGCAAUGAGACCUCGGACCAAUACGCCAAAGCAGCUCCGCAUGCAGCUCCAGCAGAGGCUUCAGGGGCAGCAGUUUAUGAAUCAAACCCGUCAAGCGCUUGAAAUGAAAAUGGAAAAUCCAGGCAGUAGUAAUAGCUCAGUGAUGAGACCAGUAAUGCAGCCACAGGUGGGAUCACAGCAGCAAGGUUUUCUUAAUGCUCAAAUGGUGGCUCAGCGUAACAGGGAGCUAAUAAGUCAUCAUUUUAGACAACAGAGGAUGGCAAUGAUGAUGCAGCAGCAACAAUCUCAGGCCUUCAGUCCACCACCGAAUGUGACUGCCUCAGGAAGCAUAGAUAGUGGUCUGACUGGCCCUCCAAUGGCUCAAGUUCCUCCACAGCAAUUCUCCUAUCCACCUAAUUAUGGAAUAAGCCAACAGCCUGACCCUGCAUAUGGUAGAGUAUCAAGCCCUCCCAAUCCAAUGAUAGCAUCAAGAAUUGGACCUUCACAGAACCCUAUGAUGCAGCAUCCUCAGACAGCACCCAUGUACCAGUCUCCUGAGAUGAAGGGCUGGCCAUCGGGGAACAUGGCCAGGAGCAGUUCUUUCCCACAGCAACAGUUCAGUCAUCAAGGUAAUCCUGCAACGUACAGUAUGAUGCACAUGAAUGGCAGCAGUGGCCAUAUUGGACAGAUGAACAUUAGUACUGUGCCUAUGUCAGGGAUGCCUAUGGGUCCGGACCAGAAAUACUGCUGACACCUGCACCUGUGAUCUGCAACCAAGAAUGCGCUGUAUGAAUGAUGCACUAGUACUAGAAAGGAAAGUUAUGCAUUCUUCAUGGCAACUAGUCCGGGCCUUAUGGGAGUGAUUUUUCCUGCUAAUCACCGUGAUGUCCUAAGUUAUUUCAUUGAGGAAAAACAAACUUUUUUUAGUAUAAGCGGUCUGUAUUACUGUAUAUUGUGUUGUACAAAAAUGGUCAUAAAUAUUUUUGGCGCUCUGCCUCUAGAAAUGUGAAUUUGGCAAUGGCAUUUAAGUAUGAUGGGUAGAGCCAGCCCUGAAAUACCUUGUCUAUUUACUGUAGCUAUCCAAAGCCCUUUAUCUACAGGCAGACAAAAGUGCCUGGAGAAAUCACAGUGAUAAGAAUUUCCUGAUUUCUCUAGUAAGAAUAUCUGACAGGGAAUGUAGUUCCUAGCCUUGACUCUUUUAUAUGAAUUCCUUAAUAUAAAUGCUGCUUUUAAUCCCCUACCCCCCAAGAGUCAGGAUUUCCCAGGCAAAGUUAUCAGUGCAAAAUGAAUUGGCACGUAUUAUUCCAAAAUCCUGUCAAUUGAUGCCAAGGGGUAAAAUGAGAGGAUGAUAAAUUUAAAUUAUUUAAAUACAAUUGUGACUAAUAUUUACAUAUUGAUGUGCAGCUGAGUGCACUUUAUAGAAGACUAUAUAAUGGAUUAAUGCAAUAUCUUUAAUAAGGACUUAAUAUGAAGGUAGGGUGUACUCGUGUUCCUUCUCAAACACAAUCUCUUAAAAAUUAUUUGAAAAGACUGCAUAGUGUGUUUUCUGUGUGUGGAAAUCAGAGCAAUAAUCGUUCAUCAUUUUGAAAAUGACUUCAGAAAACUCAAGGCAAGGCACUGCAGUCUGAAUCAGAAUUUUGCAGUCUUUCUUUUUGUGAAUAAAUUUUGUAAAUAUGUUCUUUAAGAUAAUGUAUUAUAUAUAUGACUUUUGUAGGUCACUAACUCAUUUUUGCAGAGUUUGUGAAGCUAAAUAUUUAACUAAAUUGAUUUCUGUAAACUCAGCGUAGUUGAGGUCCAAAUAGAAUACUUUCUUUUUUAUUAAUGACUUUGAAGCUGGGUGACCUUGGCCCACACCUUUCUCCUCUUCGGUCUUCAACACUUCAUUUAUUUUUACAUCUUUAACAUGUAGCUUUUUAUAAAAGACCAGUUGUUCAAUGCUUUCUCCACCUGUGAGCACUUUGUUAUGUUUAUUUUUACAUAUGGCAGUUGGACAAAAGGCUCUGUGUUCUGAGAUGUCAUGACAGUCAUGUCUUUCUCUAUUAUCUUGCCUUUUCAGCUGAAGAAUCGAGAUUGUGUCUUUUUUGGUCAAUUUUAAUGAACUCUACACGUUCUUCAAAAGAAGUCUGUUGCAAAAUAUUCAUAUGUAACAUCCAGAAAUCUAUAAGGAUAUUAAGCCACACUUUAACCAAAUGUCUGCACCUCAUUGGAUUGUUCUAAUAGUGAUGAAUGUAUUUUUUCUGAGCAGGCUUCUCUUGUAUCAGUAUUUAAGUUUGGUUACAAAUUUGUUUGUUUUAUUUGCUGAUAGUUGUUUUUUUCCCCUCCUGUUUUGGUUCCUUGAAAUGAAGAUCCUGUUGCAGUUUUUCCAGUCUCAGGCAGUUACAGUGAGUCAAGCCUGUACACUUCCAUGAGGGACGACCCAGAAGUGUUUAAGAUAUAUGGUGCUUUUGCACUGUUGUUCAUUGUAUAAUGGAAAAUUAACUUCUCCCAAGGAAAAAAAAAACAAGCAUUCUCAAUUGCUUCUUGGUACUGUAAGUGUGAGGUGGUUUUAUUUUUAAGAAUAUGCAGUGAUCUUCCAAUUUAAUAGACAUAACUUACCUAGAAAAAAAGUUCAGAAUGUUCCUCCUUCGCAUACAGCCAGUUGUGUUCCAGAGGGAAUGUAGAUUCCAUCUAUUUUUAUGCAACCCUGUAUUUGCAAUUAGACCUGAAUAUAUAGAUUUGGUGGAAGUAUUUAUUUGAAACCUUCAGUCCAAUUCAUGUGUGAUUUUUUUAAAUGCAGAACUCUUAAAAGGCUGAGGAACUUUUAUCAUCUUAUUUCUUAGGAUGUAUCCAUUUGUUGAGUGAGUGCUGCCUACUGAAGUCAAAAGGCAACAGGCAUUUGCUUUUUGUAUCAAAUGAGAGUAGAACAGUCCUUGUAUUCUGUAGUUAUUCAUUAUAUUGAUGGAAACUACAAACCCUGGUUGCUUCCAUUAGGUGAGCUCUUAGACUGUGUACGACUUCAUACAUUGUGCCCUGUGGUUUUGUUUUUUUAUGAGUGAUUCUGUUUAUACAUCUGUGUAUAACUGGUACUUGAUCAGUGUUAUAAAGGAUCAUCAGUUUCCCAUCUGUAUGUUGAAUGUUGGAGCUUUCUCGUACAGUACCUACUUUUUUGCUAAAUCCAAAGAUUUUUAGUUUAAACUUGAUUGCGGGGGGAGGGUGCAUUUUUUAUAAUAAAUUAAUAACGUCUUUCUUGGCAACACUGAUCCUAAAUACUGUAUCUAUUUUGAAAAGCUUAUCAAUUGCAGCAACUGAAACUUACCUUGAAACAAAUUAGCAUUUAUAUCUCCACCAGUUCUGAUUUGGUUCUGUGGCAGCAGAUUUUUCUGAUUUUUUUUUUUAACAAAAACAACCAUGUGACAUUGCUCACCUGUACGAGGGCAAUUAGCUAGUACAGCCACUCUGACCACUGCUGCACACUGAGCACAGUUUUGCUGCUUGUCUUUGUUGUUCUUUCGAUCGCAGAAACUGUGUGUUUCUAAAAUUCAUAUGCAGUACCUUUAUCCAAUCUUGGUUUAAAAUUCUGCUUUUAAAUUUAGGAAAUCAGGACCACUUUCCAGUUAUAAAACAGAACUAUUUGAAUGUUGUACCAAUUAGCACAGAUUUUAUUUUUGAAUUUAUGUGCAGACUACCAGGUGAUUGAAUGAUACAGCAAGUAUAAAAUCAUGUUAUGUUGAGAGCAAUAUUUUUAAAAAUUCUCAGGAGAAGGCAUACAGUAUUGAGAAUUGCAUUUAAGUUUAGUUUACGUUAAGUAUUGCUUGAAAUAUCUGUAUCUAUGUUGCAAAACAGAAAACCUUGGGGACUGAGUUAUAAAAGAGUUGGUUGUAAGGUAUUACUGCUCUUCUGAUUUUUGUGUUUGGAUGUUAAUAAUAAUGUAAAUAAAGGUUUCUAUUUAAAAUCA